GCUGCUGCGUCCGUCAGUCGGUGUUUGAGAGAGAGCGUCUAAAGUCCACUUGGAUUAUUACGCUCAGCGAAACGUGGAAAUAUGCCUCCUCUUCGACUGUGAACUCAAAUCCAGGCAGGAGUUGGGGCUGGGGGUCCUGGCUUGUCUUGGACACAGUCAAAGGGGUCCUCAAGGAAAGAAUUGGGAACUACUGCCUUUGAGCAUCAUGUACUGAAGGGAUGAUGUUGCUUUUUUUUUAAGCUUUUUUUUUAGCAAUAGAUUACGUUAACAUUACGAUGUGUCUGAUAAUAAGAAUAAUUCAUUUGCUAAACGGGAUCAAGUCAUUAAAACAUCUAUGUUAUUGAUUUAUAAGAGUUUGGGAUUAUUUGGAAAUGUCAUUUUCACACAACUCGUAAUAACCAACCAACCAACCAGUCAGUCAGUCAGUCAGUCAGUCAGCCAGCCAGCCGAUCGAUCGAUCGAUCGAUCGAUCGAUCGAUCGAUCGAUCAAUCAAUCAAUCAAUCAAUCAAUCAAUCAAUCAAUCAAUCAAUCAAUCAAUCAAUCAAUCAAUUUUUGUAAAGUGGUUUCCACAACCAUUAAAGGUAAGGCCUAAGGGUUGAACACAACAGACAGAAAAAAUCACGUUAAAAUCACAAAAAUUAAUAAAUCAUCUUAAAAUAAAAUAAAUAGUUUAUAAAAAAGUAAAAAAACAAAAGGCAUAAACACACUCAAUCACUUUGUUUAAAGGCUAGCUAAUAAAAGUGUCUCUAACCAAGUUUUAAAGGUGUGGUUGACUUAUAAAAUGUUAUUUCUGAUUUUAAUCAGUCCCUCUGAGUUUUUAAUUCAGGCUGAACAUGAAAAUAGUCUCCUACAUCUAUCUCGUGCAUUAGAUUUGGAUAGAAAACAGAAGAUGAAACUCAUGGAUUUUAAAAUCUUCACAGAACUACGCCACACUGAAUUCAUGGACUCAUCCAUCUUGACUUACGAUGGAGAAAACUGUUGUUGUUUUAAUGUCCAUGAAUCAGCAGUGGCCGUCUCAGCUAUUUUAAGCUAAUUAGCAUUAGCAACAUCACCUCAUGGCAGAAGCUGCUCCGGGCUUGUGUUAUUUGUGGUGAUAAAACAUCCAUGUUGCAAGUUAGUGGUAGAGUCGCGUUGCAGUUAACCAAUGCAGGGCGAGAUGUCCAAAUAUCAGGAAAUCAGACUCCAAAACCUGCCAUGUGAAAGAAACAUGACCUCACAACAGAAUUUAUCUGUAAGUUCAUUUUGAGAGUAACUCAACUAAUUUUACAUCGAGAUCAGUGACCACGUCCUUCUCGUACAGAACCAGAGACAAAAGUUCAGUACCACACUUCCACGUACCUUCAUUAAGGUCCGAAUACAAUCAUCUCAGUCUUCUUCUCACUAAAGUUAAACCCUCUGGAGGCAGGCGUCGCAGAUUUGCAAUGUUAAAACCUACCUACCUGGUUACUCCACAUACAUAUUUCAUGAGCAUUUUUUAACUCAGAAGUACCCCUGAAGGACUUAGUUGUGCGUCCUUUUAUCAAAACUUGUUUUGAACCUGAGAGGGUUAAAAAACUUGACGCCAUCCAGGACUUGACACGCAUUAAACAAUCAAGAAGUGAUUGAAUUGAGUGAUUGCAGGUGAAAAUAAACCUGAUAGUCAUCUGCAUAGAAAUGAAAUUUAAUGUUAUUCUGUCGAAAAAUCGAUCCAGAUGAAAGUAGGUAAAGAACAAAAAGGGGAUCAAGGUUGACACUAAAGCAGGAGUUGUUUAUCUACAGAUUUAAAAUAAUCAGGUAGAGAGAUUUUUUCUAGGAAAUGUAUUGCUGUGCUUGUAAAAAGACAUAUUGAUCCAACAACACGCAUCCAGAAAGUAAGAUUUCAGCUGUAAGGGAUCAGCCAGUACAGUCUUUGGAGAUGCUCAAGGAAGAUUGGGGUGAAACCUGGAACUAGUGAAAACAAUUUAUUUUGAUUUAAAGCAAACUUAAAAAUUUAUAACUUUCAGUAACUUUGACAACAUGUAUGCCGUGUUUCUUUGCUGCCCUUUGCUCAUUUUUUGCAUUUUUCUGGAAAACAAAAACAUUCCCAAGUGAUUGGAAACUUUUGAGCAGCUGAAGUUCUUCAGGAAAGACAGGAUAAUAUUUCAAUGUCACCAAGUCAAGCAAUUGAAAGACAAGCGUUGAAGCUCUCCAAUGGCAGGUUUUGUUAUGCUUGUCAUCUCUGUAGAGUGACAGAAAAUAAAACUAAUUUAGACCAUUGAUUGUUUACAGGAUUUGCCGUCAUUCCUGAAUUGGGAACAUUCUGGCAUUUUAAACAAGAAUAAGCUCCACAUUUACAAGCGACAGGCAGACAGUGACCAUACACGGCUUUGUAUCUGUCAGAAUAACUCUACUAUCAGGAUUUAAAGAGAGCAGUAUUCCAUGUGAACAAAUAAAGUUCAGUCCAAAUAAAAAACAGAAAAGAAAGCAAGCUUUUAGUUGAAAGGCAGCUGAAUCGGUUUCACUGUAACCUUUUCUUCCAUUUGUCACUCAGACCCAGUCACACGACUCAGGAACGAGUUUCUACGUCCUUUAGAAUAAGUUUUGUCUGUUAAUGGAGCUGUCAGCGCUUUGCUCCAGCCUCUUCCAUUCAGCCAGGUUCACUUUAUAAUUGUGUGAUGAAAUCCAUUUCAGUUAAUGAACAUCGCGGGACAGAGAGCUGGCAGCGAGAUCGGGAGGAAGACAGAUUAGAAAGGUGUCCUCCCUUCUCUCUGCUGCACAGCCUGCUGUUGGUCUCAGCACACACAUUUUUUCCUGUUUGAACAGGUGAUUGUGGGGAUUACUUGUGCGUGGAUGCUUUUGUGUACACGCACACCCUGGUAGGAGAGGUUAUUUUUAUUUUUCCCUGAGAGGCAUCCAGCGGAGAUGCAGGGGGCUCGGUUCAUGGUGUUGCUGCUCCAGACUCUGAGCUGCUUGUGUGCAGUAGCUGCCGGCCUUCCGUUCAGAACGCCCCUGGAUUUGGACGUGACUCCACGUGUCACCGUGGUGAGCAGCGGUCUUCAGGGCUGCAGGCAUUUUCAGUCGUCUGCAGUCAACUACAGCACUCUGCUGCUGGAGGCUGACAGUGAGCGCCUCUACGUUGGGGCCCGGGGGGCUGUAUUUGCUCUCAAUGCUUCUGACAUCUCAGCCAGCUCUGCUCUAACUAUUGAGUGGGAGGCCUCCGCCGAGCAAAAGCACGAAUGUCGGCUCAAAGGAAAAGACAACAAGACGGAGUGUUUUAAUCACAUCCGCUUGCUCCAGAGCUUUAACUCCACCCAUCUGUACAUGUGUGGGACUCACGCCUUCAAACCCCUCUGUGCAUACAUAGACAAGAGGAGGUUUGUUGUGUCCUCUCAACCUGAGGAGGGCAGAGAUAAAUGUCCUUAUGGGCCAACAACAGGCUACACUGCUCUUAUCAUAGACCAGCAAAUAUACACAGCCUCCCAGUAUGAAUUUUGGAGCUUUCCAGAUAUUCGCCGAAACUCUCCGUCCCCCUCCUUGAAGACAGAGGAUGCUCCCACGCGCUGGCUGAACGACGCGGACUUUGUGGGUUCAGCUCUUGUGAAGGAAAGCUUGGGCAGCGGCAGCGGCGACGAUGAUAAAAUCUACUUCUUCUUUACCGAGAAGAGCCAGGAACAGACGACAACUUACAGCCACAGCAGGGUGGCCCGAGUAGCCCGUGUCUGCAAGGGAGACAGGGGAGGCCGUUUAACUCUGCAGAAACGAUGGACGUCCUUCCUGAAGACCAGGCUGACGUGCUCGCUGCCCGAGUACGACUUCCACUUUAACAUGCUGCGCAGCGUCUUUGUUAUGCCUGGCCUCACUCCACAAGACACGCUCUUCUACGGCAUCUUUGGCCUAGAGUGGAAAAACGUGAAGGCGUCUGCGGUGUGUCGGUUCUCCCUGCCUGAAGUCAAGGAAGCCUUCCAAGGACCCUACAUGGAGAACCAGGACUCCGGCUCCAACUGGAAGGAAUAUGUUGGAAAGAUCCCCAAUCCGAGGCCUGGAACGUGCAUCACCGACUCUCUGAGGGCCAAGAGCAUAAACAUCUCCACCUCCCUGCCUGACGAUGUGCUGGAUUUUGUCAGACGCCAUCCUCUGAUGUCCCAGCAGGUCCAACCUGUAGACAGACGCCCCCUUUUGUUCAGGAGGACCACCGACUAUACACACAUGGUGGUGCACAUGGUCCAGGGGUUAGAUGAGCAAAUGUACCAAGUGUUAUACAUGGGUACAGAUGAAGGCUGGUUGCACAAAGCUGUAGACAUUGAAGGGCAGCUGCACAUUAUUGAAGAGGUUCAGCUGUUUGAGGAACCGCAGCCUGUCGAUAAUCUGCUGCUAUCCAAAAAGCAGAUGAGCGUCUACGUGGGCUCGCCUUCAGGUGUCAUUCAGCUGCCGCUCUCAAACUGUCGCAGGUAUGCUUCCUGCUAUGACUGCGUUUUUGCCAGAGACCCUCACUGCGCCUGGAACGGAGCCGAGUGUGUGGAUGUGUUGACUCAGGCAGACAGGUCCGCUUUAAUCCAAGACAUCCUGCAUGGCAAAAGUGGAUGUGAGCAAAUACCGUACGAUGUCGUCCAGCGGAGCCGCUCUGUGCGGGUUGACGAUGAUGUCCUUCUGCAGUGUGAGCUCAGCUCUAACCUGGCAACGCCCCUUUGGACGAAGGACGGUACCGAGGUGCAGGGCUACAACCUCAACUCGGGUUUCAGGACCGGCACGGACGGGCUGCUGAUUAUCAAGGCCCGAGAGGACCAGAGCGGUCUGUACACCUGCUACGCUGUUGAGAACACUGUCAAGGUUGCUGUGGUAACAUACAAUGUGAGCAUCAACCUGGAUGUGCCGCCUCCUCCACUUGUUGAGCCAACUCACAGUCUAAUUACCACCCGGCCAGCACCGACCCAACCUUCCCUAUCUGAGGGGCCCCGGUCACCGCUCCUCCUGCUGUCUCCCAGGAAAAUGGAGGCCAUCUACCUGUCCCUCAUCACCGUCCUCGGAGCGCUCUGCGUGGUCCUCACUGUUGUCCUUGUUUAUGUGGGCUUCUGCUUACGAGUCGGCCAAAGAGGAAAGUACUGUUUGCGUGCAGCAACUGCAGCACACCCGAUCAGCAAGAGGAGCAGCAGGAGCAGAAAGCAUCACAGAAACUCCUCCAACAUGGAGCCGAAGACCGUCUCGAGUCACUGCAACGGCCUCUGUAACGGCGUUUCUAAGCGACGUAAUGGCGACAUCAUAGAUGAAGGCUUUCUGCAAGUUGUCCCAGGUGAAGGUCACACCUCCCUCGGUAAAGAGCCUCCACCCCCAGCCCCGCCUCUCCCUCCUACGCCGCAAUUUUCCUCCCCGGAGUUUGACUUUCCGAACGGGCUGUCGGCCACGUUGCCCAGCGUUCUGAGGAGGAUGAACGGGAACAGCUACGUGCUGCUGAGGCAAAGCGACUCUGAAAACACAUCCCCGCUCUUCUACUCUUUUGCAGAUGAGCUCAACAGGAUCUUAGAGAAGAGGAAAAACACUCAGCUGCUGCCCAGGCCGGAUGAGAGCUCUGUGUAGAGAAAGGGGAGGAGCCAACCUGUGCCUAAUGCGACUCAUCGUCGUGGACUAAAGCAACGAGUGUCGUUAUUUACUUUGGAUUUUUUUAUAAAUAGAUACACAUUUAGACAUUCCUGACACCACAACACAAUGUAAAUUACAAGCCCCUGUGAUGGGCUAAAGCAUGAAACUGAAAUAAAUCUUAAUCUACCUCACCUGAAUGCUGCCUGGAGAGACAGUCCGAUCUGAGAAACGAGGCCGGGAUAAGCAGCUGAAAUCAUCACUGAUCCACAAAGAUAAAGCAGGAUAAACAAAUCCUAACAAGGAGCGGAGCUUAUGGGAAUCCACGUGAAGAGUCGAUUUAGACUAUUGGGGCAGCUAGCCAAUGCUUGUUUGCACUGACAACUGUGCUGAUGGCUAGUGCAUUUUUAAAACAUGCCAUUCAUUUACCUAUUAUAAACAUGAAUGAAAAUGAAGCGAACAAAGAAAAAAAUACAACAUAUUUAUACAUGCAUUUUAUUUCUCUCCUUCUGUGGACGUUUCUUAUCCUGCACUGCAGGUUGCAGGAUUUUAGAGUAGAGGCUCAGCAUCUGCAGGUUCUACUUAGGGAGGCCUUCCAGCUCUGCUACCACCAGCUGCUCUCCAAGAUGACGGGAGUGUGUUGGGAUGACUCACUGGACAAGAUGCUUAAUGACUCAGAGGACCACAGCAGCAGCUGCAGCAGUUGUGUGCAACCAGGAAAACUGGGAAAGAUAAGAUUGGAUGGGACUUGCAAACCAGAUUUUCAAAAUAAAAUACUGACAUUUGAACUGCUAACCAAUUAUGAAGGCACACUACAUCAGCUCAAAAUGGUGAUCUAAUCAUUACUUAUUGGUAUUAUUAUUGCUUAUUAACCAGAUUUUGUUACUGUAUGAAUUUUAUAAAACUCUAUAAGGAAAGAAUUUUAAAUUAAAUGUUAAUGAUCAAUAAUAAAUACGCAUUUUUGUUUGUAAUUAUGAUCAUAUUAUAAAUGUCAAGAUUAUAUUAUCAAGAGUUAAUUAAAUAGUGAUUACAUCACAAGGUGCUGUCAGGAUGUUAUAUGGGAAAGUGUCAGUGUUAUGCUGAUUUUAAUGCACUUUAAGAAACAGUUUUGAUGUGCAUUGGUUAAAGUUGAAGGACAUUUUAGUUCAAAUGGGCCAGAAGAAGGUUUUUGCCCUUUACUCAGCACUUCUGUGGAGUUCAUGACUGUGUCUGCAGGAGGCUGUUGGACACAAUGGAUCUAAGCGAAACGUUGAUUGUGUCUUAACGGAGGCUGAGAGCGCCACUGAGUGACGCUCAGCGGGAGACUGCAGCACUGAACGGCAGACUGAGGAGCACCCAAAGCAUCCAAGGUAUGAUGACCACAGGCCAGCUCAAACGCAUCCCGGGGAGAUCUUCUCGCUCCACAUGUCGGUGUUCUUUUAAUGAGCGGAGGAACAAAACUCGCCAUCGUAAACAGACAGCUGGGUCAAAAGUGAGGCUCUAUAAGGGCUAGCUAGUGCGCCAGGGUUUCAGCACCACUUCUUUGUGUGCAGAGUGUCCUUGCCUCUGCUUGGUGCAUACUUAUUAGACCUUUUUUCUCACUUGCUGCAUGAGCAUUGUUCUGUCACUGUUGUUAAAGGAAGAACAAGGACAGCUCAUUUUAUUAUUAAAGAAAAGUGCCAAGGUUGAUGCUUAAAUAUGCUUUGUGAGCCUUUUUUGUUGCAAAAAACAAACGUUUGGGUAUUAAAAUGUUAAAACAAAAGCAUAUAUUUAUUUAGUAAUUUUGCACAAUGUAUGUUUUAACAUUUUUUGUUGUUAAAGUGCCACAUGUGAGACAUAUCCAAUUUUCUGUGUUGCACAAGCUGUUAUUAAUAGAAGCACAGUGGCUAAAAGCAUGCAGAAGCUGUGCCAGCACUACAGAAAUUAAUAUUUAUGACUAAUGGGAGGAAAAUGCACCAAAAUAUAUAUAAUUGUUAGUUUUUCCUAAUAUCUUAGUGAACCGUUGAGCUUUUUCUCACUUUUUAAUAUGUUUUUGCAUGCAGCACCGUGCCUGAGCGCACAGAAACGUAUUUUCCUAAACUGAACACAAGGAAUAAUAAAGCAGUGGUUUUAUUCACAUUUCAGUGAUAACAAAUUUAAAUAAAAAUUCAUUAAGUGUU